AUGGCAUCAUCAUCAACAGCUACUUACACCACGAAGCAAUGGGUCCUCGCUUCGAAGCCCACGGGUGCUCCGGUGGUCUCCGGCCCCGAUGCAACAUUCAAAUUGCAAACGACGACACUACCGCAGCUUAAGGAAGGCCAACUCCUAUGCAAGGUGCGAUAUUUCUCUAAUGACACCGGCCUCCGCAAUUUUAUCCAGAGCACAGUUGCGCCCGAGCGCUUCUACGUGCCCACGGUCCCUGUGGGGUCGCCCAUGCGAUCCGGCAUUAUUGCCGAGGUAAUCGAAUCCACGGCACCGAAUUACAAAGUCGGAGAUCUAGUUAUGGAUUUUCACCUCGGCACUUGGAGUGAGCUCGUUGUGUUGGACGCCGUUAAUUCGCAACCCCUGACUCCUUUGCCUAACAACCUACCUAUUACCCAUUACCUUGGUGCAUUCGGCGCAUCCGGACUUGCAGCAUAUACCGGCUUGGCUUACGCCGGAGGUGUAAAGGCCGGAGACACGGUUGUAGUGUCAGCGGCUGCCGGUGCCACAGGAUGCAUGGCCGUGCAGAUUGCGAAAGUGCUUUUGGGUGCCAAGACUGUGAUUGGUAUUGCCGGUUCGGAUGAGAAGUGCGCAUGGGUACGCGAGCAGCUCGGUGCCGACGCAUGCAUCAACUACAAGAGCCCGACUUUCGUAGAGGAACUAAAGGCGGUGACACCAAAUGAGGUUGACGUAUACUUGGACAAUGUGGGGGGCCACGUGUUGGAUGCCAUGUUGACGCGCAUGAAGAAGAACGGUAACAUCGCCGUCUGCGGCGCAGUCAGUGGGUACAACUCAGACGAGCCUAUGGCGCUGAAGAACUGGUUCGAGGUCGUCUCCAUGAGAAUCAACAUCCGCGGCUUUAUCAUGUUGGACUACCUAGACAAGGCUCCUGCUAUCCUUAAGGAUCUCAUCGGCGCUGCGGCGGACGGUAGAAUCAAGCUGCAGAACGGCGAGACCAUAGUAGAGGCUAAGAUCGAGGAGCAGCCCGAGAUAUGGAUGAGGCUGUUCACAGGUGGAAACCAAGGCAAGCUGCUCACCAAGCUUAUCAUUUAG